UUCCCUGAGAGUCUGAGCAGCCGCCGCCGGGACUGAGGCCGCCGCCGCCACCGCCGCGGUGGGGGGAGGGAAGGCGAGCGAUUCGUCGAGGCAGGGCGCCGGCCGUCGUCGUCGUCUUCGGAGCGAGAGCGGCAGCCCCUUCCCUCGCCUCCCUCCACGGCUCCAGCCGCCCCCGAAGGCCGCUCGAUGCUGCACCUUCCGGAGCUGCAUGAGGGGCCGGUAGAGGACUGUGGAGAAGGAAACUUUAUAACCAGCAGCACUAGGAUGGAUUUCCCAUCCACCCAACCAAAGCCUCCUGCCGACGGCAAAAUCAUCUUCUACCCUCCUGGAGUUAAGGAGAUCACAGAUAAAAUAACGAACGAUGAAGUAGUCAAACGUUUGAAGAUGGUAGUGAAAACGUUUAUGGACAUGGACCAGGAUUCAGAAGAUGAGAAACAACAAUAUCUCCCGUUAGCCUUGCACCUUGCAUCAGAAUUCUUCCUCAGGAAUCCCAAUAAAGAUGUCCGUCUCCUUGUAGCAUGUUGCUUGGCUGAUAUCUUUCGAAUUUAUGCCCCAGAAGCACCAUAUACUUCCCAUGACAAACUCAAGGAUAUAUUCUUGUUUAUUACAAGACAGUUAAAAGGAUUGGAGGAUACAAAGAGCCCCCAAUUUAACAGAUACUUCUACUUACUAGAGAAUUUAGCUUGGGUUAAAUCUUACAACAUCUGCUUUGAGUUGGAAGAUUGCAAUGAAAUUUUUAUCCAGCUUUUUAGGACUCUCUUUUCAGUUAUCAACAAUAGCCACAACCAGAAAGUACAAAUGCACAUGCUAGAUUUGAUGAGUUCUAUCAUCAUGGAAGGAGAUGGAGUUACUCAAGAACUAUUGGACUCAAUUCUUAUCAACCUCAUCCCUGCCCACAAGGUUUGCAAAAACCUUAAUAAACAGGCAUUUGAUCUUUCAAAAGUCCUGUUGAAAAGGACGGUCCAGACCAUUGAGCCAUGCAUUGCCAAUUUUUUUAACCAGGUCCUGGUACUAGGAAAGUCUUCUGUAAGUGACUUGUCAGAGCAUAUAUUUGAUCUAAUUCAGGAGCUUUUUGCUGUUGAUCCUAAUUUAUUGCUGUCCGUCAUGCCACAGCUUGAGUUCAAACUGAAGAGCAACGACGGAGAGGAACGUUUAGCUGUUGUUCGUCUUUUAGCUAAGCUUUUUGGUUCUAAGGAUUCUGACCUCGCAACACAGAACCGUCCCCUUUGGCAGUGCUUUCUUGGCCGAUUUAAUGAUAUCCAUGUUCCUGUGAGAUUAGAAAGCGUGAAAUUUGCAAGCCAUUGUUUAAUGAACCAUCCAGAUUUAGCAAAAGACCUCACUGAGUACUUAAAGGUUAGAUCACAUGAUCCAGAAGAAGCCAUUCGACACGAUGUCAUUGUUACAAUAAUAACGGCUGGCAAGAGGGACCUCUCUUUAGUCAAUGACCAGUUACUUGGCUUUGUCAGAGAGAGAACACUGGACAAGAGGUGGCGAGUUAGAAAAGAAGCAAUGAUGGGUCUUGCCCAGCUGUACAAGAAAUACUGUCUUCAUGCCGAAGCUGGAAAAGAUGCAGCAGAGAAAGUGAGCUGGAUAAAGGAUAAACUUUUGCACAUAUAUUACCAGAAUAGCAUUGAUGACAAAUUAUUGGUGGAGAAAAUCUUUGCUCAGUAUCUUGUUCCACAUAACUUGGAAACAGAAGAGCGGAUGAAGUGCUUAUAUUAUUUGUAUGCUAGCUUAGACCCAAAUGCUGUUAAGGCACUGAAUGAAAUGUGGAAAUGCCAGAACAUGCUUAGGAGUCACGUGCGGGAGCUACUCGAUUUGCACAAGCAACCCACUUCAGAAGCAAACAGUGCUGCUAUGUUUGGAAAGCUGAUGACCAUAGCAAAAAAUCUUCCUGAUCCUGGGAAGGCACAAGACUUUGUGAAAAAGUUCAAUCAGGUUCUUGGUGAUGAUGAGAAGCUUCGUUCUCAGCUUGAACUAUUAAUCAGUCCUACCUGCUCCUGUAAGCAAGCAGAUGUCUGUGUGAGGGAGAUUGCACGGAAACUUGCUAAUCCUAAACAGCCAACCAAUCCUUUCCUGGAGAUGGUAAAAUUCCUUUUGGAAAGAAUUGCCCCUGUACACAUUGACUCAGAAGCCAUCAGUGCAUUAGUAAAGCUGAUGAAUAAAUCAAUAGAAGGGACAGCUGAUGAUGAAGAGGAGGGUGUAAGCCCCGAUACUGCUAUUCGUUCAGGGCUUGAACUUCUCAAGGUUCUGUCUUUCACACAUCCUACCUCGUUCCACUCUGCAGAGACGUAUGAAUCUCUCCUGCAGUGCCUCAGGAUGGAAGAUGAUAAAGUAGCAGAGGCAGCCAUUCAGAUAUUCAGAAACACUGGGCACAAAAUAGAAACUGAUCUGCCCCAGAUAAGAUCAACCCUUAUUCCUAUUUUGCAUCAGAAAGCAAAGAGAGGAACACCUCACCAAGCAAAACAAGCUGUCCACUGUAUACAUGCCAUAUUUUCAAAUAAAGAAGUCCAGCUUGCACAGAUUUUUGAGCCUCUAAGUAGAAGUUUGAAUGCUGAUGUUCCAGAGCAACUUAUAACACCAUUAGUUUCUUUGGGUCACAUUUCCAUGUUGGCACCAGACCAGUUUGCAUCACCAAUGAAAUCCGUAGUUGCAAAUUUCAUUGUAAAAGAUCUCCUGAUGAAUGACAGGUCUACAGGUGAGAAAAAUGGGAAAUUGUGGUCCCCGGAUGAAGAGGUUUCUCCAGAAGUUCUAGCAAAGGUUCAAGCAAUUAAACUUCUAGUACGUUGGCUUUUGGGUAUGAAAAAUAACCAAUCAAAAUCUGCAAAUUCAACACUCCGGUUACUAUCAGCUAUGUUGGUCAGUGAAGGAGACUUGACAGAACAGAAGAGAAUUAGCAAAUCUGAUAUGUCGCGUCUACGUCUGGCUGCUGGCAGUGCCAUAAUGAAGCUUGCACAGGAGCCCUGUUAUCACGAAAUUAUUACCCCAGAGCAAUUCCAACUCUGUGCAUUGGUCAUUAACGAUGAAUGUUACCAGGUGAGGCAGAUAUUUGCUCAGAAGCUGCAUAAAGCACUGGUAAAAUUACUGCUCCCAUUGGAGUACAUGGCAAUAUUUGCAUUGUGUGCCAAAGACCCCGUAAAAGAAAGGAGAGCACAUGCAAGACAGUGCUUACUUAAAAAUAUAAGUAUACGGCGAGAGUACAUUAAACAGAACCCCAUGGCCAAUGAAAAGCUGCUAUCCCUGCUGCCUGAAUAUGUGGUACCAUACAUGAUUCACCUGCUGGCACAUGAUCCAGAUUUUACAAAACCUCAAGAUGUUGAUCAGCUUCGUGAUAUCAAAGAGUGCCUUUGGUUCAUGCUGGAAGUCUUAAUGACAAAAAACGAAAACAACAGUCAUGCCUUCAUGAAAAAGAUGACAGAAAGUAUCAGACUUACGCGGGAUGGACAGUCUCCAGAUGAGCCAAAAGCCAAUGAAAAACUCUAUACUGUAUGUGAUGUGGCCCUGUGUGUAAUCAACAGCAAAAGUGCUUUAUGUAAUGCAGAGUCUCCAAAGGAUCCUGUAUUGCCAACCAAAUUUUUUACACAACCUGAAAAGGAUUUUUGCAAUGAAAGGAAUUAUAUUUCGGAAGAGAUGAGAGUUCUUCUCUUAACCGGAAAGCCCAAACCAACUGGUGUAUUAGGUGCUGUAAAUAAACCUUUAUCUGCAACUGGAAGGAGACCAUAUAUCCGAAGCGCAGGAUCAGAAACUGGAAGCAAUAAUAGCGUAAACUCUGAACUAAGCUCUCCUGCAGGAAACAGAUCAAGAGAGCAGAGCUCAGACAUAUCAGAAACUGGUGUCAGUGAAAAUGAUGAAAAUCCAGUGAGAAUUAUUUCUGUCACUCCAGCAAAAAUAGAACCUGUAAAGAACAAGGAGAUAAACUCUGAUCAGGCAACGCAAGGAAAUGUUAGCACUGAGCGUGGGAAGAAAAGAACUGCAACAGCCGCUGGAGCAGAAAAUAUUCAUCAAAAGUCAGAAGAAAAAAAAACAGAUGAGUCGGGCCAGCCUGCCCCUCCCAAACCAAGGAGAGGACGUCCUCCCAAGUCUGAAUCUCAGGGCACCAUGGCAAAAAAUGCUGAAACAAGUAAACCGUCUGGUAGGGGGCGGAAAAGGGCAGCACCCAGCCAGGAAGGUCCAGGGAGUUUAGAGGCAAGCAAUGCCAAAGCACCAAAACAGCAAGAUGCACCGAAAAAAGCAGUACCAGCACAGAGACAGAUUGAUCUACAAAGAAGCAAGGUGCUGGGAAGUGAUGGAGAGUCAGUGUUGGAGAUAGAAUCAAGUCCUGGAUAUUCUCCAAGUGAAAUGGAUCUUUUUAAGCUUUGUGACACUGAGGAUACAGGCAGCCAGGAAGACACUGAGGAGACAGAACUAACAGAGAGAGGCUUCCUGAAGGUAAAAAGAAAACUUAUUUGCGAGGGGAGGAAAAGGAGGGCCAAAUGAAGGCAUGCUCCAAGCUUCUGCAAAAACCAAGAAACUUCCUGUAUAAGGAACUGAAAGUACUCAGAUCACACAGCUUUCAGCUCUGAAAACAGAAGGAAAAUCUGCUUCCCUUUCAGAUGACAUUAAUCUGCUGAAACUCUUGAGAGAGGCUAAAAGCAUCUGUACUUAUUUUCCCAGAGACUUUUUUUAUGAAAAGUCAAUAAUUAAGCAAAUUGCUUAACACUUGAUUCCAGUUUCUGCAUAUCUGGAGUUAAAAGUGUUUUACUCCAUAAAUUUUCAUGCUGCAUUUUUUAAAAGAAAGAGUGAGAUCCUUUAAAAAAUUCAGGCCUAGAAUCAGGUAUCGCCCACCCUUUUUGCAAGAAAAAAUAGAAGCUUACUGAAAGAAUUUUAAUCCAAGACACAAGGAAAAUACCUGAAUUCUCAUCUGCUUUCCUUUUGGAGACUCCUAUGUAUAAUUCUUUCCAGCUAAAUAAGAUGUACAGAUUUUGGUUCCUGCUAUGAAAAGUCACAUAGUGACAAUUUUUAUACAUGUUGCUUUCUGACUUUUUAUCUGAGUGGGAGACUAAUCACUUGAUUGAUUUGCAAGUAGACAUUUCAUCUUUUUUAAUUUCCCUCUCCAUUUUAGUUUAAUAUAAUUUGCAAUAAAUGUACAUAUUGUUGGUUGUUUUAUAAAAACAUCACUUUUAAGUGGGUUUACUCCUGUGGUUCUGUUGGAAUAUUCUAAAUUUAAUGGAGUAAAGGCAGCGCAGCAUUUGAUUUUAUAAUGUUUGUCACCAGAUUUUUAUUAUUGAUGUAAAAUAUCAAUUUUUAAAAAUAGUUGGACUUUUGGCAGCUUUGUAAGGAACGUUGGAAAUGUUUAGGAUUGCUCUCAAUUUUAAGCAUUGUGCUGAUUGAAAGUCUGUUUUACGUUUUUGUCUUCCUGUCCAAGCUCAUUUUUUAAUGUUUAAUUUUAGAAGACUUGCAUCAAUAUUGAUUUUUUUCUGGCAUUGUUCAGCAUAGUGUACACUUUUAAUGUACACAUGAUCAUAUUUAAGUUUGUUGCAUAAAAUAAAUGCUUCUAGGUGUCAUAUGGUA